AUGGCGCUGCAGGACCGGGAGUCGAGGGGGGAUGGGUUUGACCAUCUAAUCCCCGUUUGGGACAACGACCCCUCCACGUUAAGAAAGUUUCGGCGCAACACUGAGUUGUGGUUAGCUGGGUUAGACCUAGAACGCACCACCGGCUACUCGUUAGCAGCGCGGUUCCUCCUCAGACAACACGGCCCAGCGCGGGCAAGAGGCGAAGAGUUCGCCAUCGAAGAUCUUGCCUAUGACCCUGGCGAAUCCCGUGAAGGGGUCGAUGGCGAACAACACUGGGUGCGCGAGCCUGACUACAAGAAAGGCGUGCGCAAACUCCUCGAUGCUUUCGAAGAACUCUCAGGAAAAACCCGUUCAGAGAAAAAGCACGAGUUGAGAAGCAAGCUUUACGGCGGGUUGAAGAGAAAACCUGGAGAGAGCGUCACCCAGUUCGCUGCAAGUUAUCGCACCCUUCAAGGCGAACUGCGAACCGAAGGCAUUGUUGUCCAGGACACUGAGUAUGCCUGGAUAUUCCAGCAGAGACUGGGAUUGAGUGAGAUCCAACGUCAGCUGUUGGAGACAACUGUAGGUGAAGAACCUUCUUACAAUGCUGUGGAGAAGGAAGCGUUGCGCCUGUUCAGGCGUAUCCACUUGAAGGGUAUGGACGACGCGCCCGUCAGAAGCCUUCGAACUUCGAGUUUCUCCUCGGGAUCCACUUCGACAACGCCGUCUACACGUAGGAAGCCCUUCCACGGGAGUCUGCGCUCUCGCGCGACCCCGCCACGCUCCGAGGCCCAGGUUGCGGAACUUUCCGCGCCGGAGCCAGAAGAGGAUGAGGCGCAGCUGGAGGAAACUCAAGUUUACGAAGGCCAGGUUGAGGAGUCCACCCUCGAUCUGGACGAGGCGCAGGAGAAGGAGCUGGAGGCCUUGGCAACCUCCCUGGAUGAGAUGGAAGGCGAGUUGGAUGACCAGGGUUUGAAUGAGGCAGAGGCAGCGCUCUCUGACAUGGCAGAGGCUCUCAUGACCCUGAAAGAAGCCCGCGGCAAGAUCGCCGCUGUAAAGAAGGACCGAGGCUAUGGCAAGCCUGUGGAUGGUGGUGUGAGGUCGUCCAGUUCUACUUCGGUCGCUGCCCGAAAGCGAGACACGAAGUGCAACGCCUGUGGGCUGAAAGGCCACUGGGCUGGAGAUCCGGAAUGCAAGUCGAAGGCAAAGCCCAAGAAGAAGGUUGGUCACAAGAACGUGAACUUUGCUGAAGCUGGCGACAUGAACGAGGCCCAGGUGAUUGACUUUCUGCAGGGUGGCCAGCUUGAUACGGACGGCUUCCAUGAGAUCUUGGCGGUGGACCUCGCUGACGUCCUGGACGUGAAGAAGGUCGAGACAAGCUGGCAAAAGCCUUACUUUGCCGCAGUGGACUCAUGCUGCAACCGCACCUGUGCUGGAGAAUCAUGGGUGGAGGCGAUCCGUAAGGCGCUCCCCCGUGAGUUUAAAGGCCUCUGGAAGGAGUCCCCUGAAAGCGAACGCUUCCGCUUCGGGGACGGAGGUUGCUUGACAUCCAGUCGUCGGGUGCGGGUUCCCAUGAACUUUGAGGGCCAGGUUGUGUUGGUAUGGUUUAGCGUCUUGCCGAAUAACCGCUUAGCGGGUUUGCUCGGCAAGGAUUUCUUGGAUGCCAUGGGUGGUAUACUUGAUUUCCCCAGACAAACCAUCACCUUGGAGACCCUUGGCCUCGUCAACCACCCACUCCAGACAAUCCGAGCAGGACACUUCGCCGUGGAGGUGAACCCGGCUGCUUGUGUCUGGAAGCCUGUCUCGCAGACGUCUUGGCUCAAGGUCACCUUUCUCAAGAUGUUGGCUCCAGAGUUCGUGCAAAGAGCCAACCUCGCAAUCGGACGAUGGCAGCGCCUUGUGGUGCGCCUCCAAAGACGCGUUUCAUGGCACUUUUGGGGCUUAUUGCUCUCGCUCAUCAGAGCACCAUACCUGCGUUUCCUUCCAUUUCCUGUGCCAUCCGUGGACUCCGUGAGCAAGUGGGAGGAGCAGGCUGCGGAGAUGGUGGCUCGUGGAGCAUACCCGCGCCGCUACCUCACCAAAUGCAAGAUGAGCAAAAGCUUUACGGCGUCCAACUUGAAGGCCCUGGUCGAUCUUCGGAACAAGGUUGGGUUCGAGCUGGCAUUCCUGGAGGACGAAGUCCUGACAGUGGGGAUGCGAGCUCUGAAGCGCAAGCCCGGAGUCCGAGCCCGACUGGCCGAGGCUCAAAUGGCGGAAGCAGCCAAGGCCUCGGUGAGCGAGGACAGGGGCGAAAGGGUUCGCCAAUUGCUGGGUCCACGAGGCGGAUUACCUCGACUGCGUGGAGAGUUGAUUCAGUUGGCGGCGCUUCUUCACGUGGAGAUCAAGGCCGAAGAUUCGGUGGCAGAGAUCGCAAAGAAGGUCAGACCAACAGCCCUGAUGAUGGCUGGGAAGUCUGCGCCUGCGAGUGCGAGUGGCAGCCCGACGGCGGCGCCCUCGCAAGAGGACAAGGCAAUCCCCCCAAGCGGCCCUGGGCGACUUGCCGCAAGAGUUUCGCCUGGAUCUGGAAGAAUGGGAAUCCUCUAUGGAGCCGUGAAAGCUGGCGUCCGCCAGAUGAUCGGUCAAGCGGCUGGAAAGGCGUUGAAGAUGCUAAAGGUGGCAGCGCCCCCGCUGGUCUACGAGGCCCUCGAAACGGUUGUUGAGAAUGAGUACGAUAAGGGCCUCAGUGAACCACGGUGCCCCGGAGGGCGACCUUACAUCUUCGUCUUCGAGGAAUCGCCCACUCUGUGGCGCAACCUCCUCAGACGCAAGUUCGAUAAGCUCGGCGGGGUGCUCCUCACCAAGAAUGGGUUUAUCCUCACAAACAUCGGCAAGCUUGUGGAGCACAAGGAGCAGCUCGAGAAAUUGACGGGCGACCUCCUCUUCCAGCGCUUGGUGGCGAUGCUUGAGGAUGUCCUGGACGAGACCUUUGUGCGCGAGGCCCAUGCCGCUGAGGUUGGUGAGCCCGAAGUCGAGAAUGAAGAGGACGAAGAUGGGGACUUUGAAGAGGAGCUGGGUGGCUCGGAGCCUAGCAAGGAACUCAAAAGACUGGUGAUGAAGAUGCACCAAAAUACAGGGCAUUGUUCACGGCGGCGAUUGGCCCGCGCCUUGACGAUUUCAGGGGCGCCGGUAGAAGCAGUAAAAGCGGCGCUGCAACUGGAGUGCGAGGUGUGUAAGGAAAACGCCCGACCACGUACUCGUCCACCAGCGUCGCUACCCCGAGUGUCCCAGCCCUUCGACCGCGUUCAUGCGGACUUGGUAGCGAUCAAGGAUCGCGCCGGUCAGAAAUUCUGGGUGACACACUUUGUCGACAUCGCGACGAGGCAUCAAAGUUGCUACAUCACAGAGAAGACGGCCUCGGACGUGGUCGGAGCCCUCAACGAGUUCUGCAAGUCGUAUGGGGCCCCAAAGACAUUGGUGACAGACUUAGGCCCAGAGUUCACUGCCCAGACCUUUAGUGAAGCGUGCGAGUUCCUGGAUAUUUACCAUUCCACAACUCCAGUCGAAACACCAUGGCGAAAUGGAAUCGUGGAAAGGGCCGGAGGCACGUUCAAAACUAUGGCAAAGCAUCUGGUGACAGAGUUUUCUGCGGUUGGGUACGCGGAUAUGGAACUGGUGGUCACAGCAUCCACCGAAGCGUACAACUCCGACAUCAAUGAUAGUGGUUUCAGCCCUUCGCAGAGUUUGUUUGGACGUGCGCCUCGAAAACUUGGCGAUGUCUUGGGACUGCGCGGGCGAUUGGCCCAACAUGGCCUCAUAUCCCGAGAUUUCAGCUUCGAAAGGCAAGUGGCCAUGAGAGAGGACGGGUUCCCAACCCUGCAUGAGGAGUUGGAACCGGGCGAGAUCGCGUACUUCUGGCGAAAGCAGAAGGUGGCAAAGGGGAAGGUGCUCACCGAACGAUGGCAUGGCCCCAGUUUGGUUUUGACUUGCGAAAAGAACCAAGGAAUCCCUGUUUCCUACUACGUAACCUUCAAGGGAUCAGUUACCAAGGUGGGUGCCGAACACAUUCGUCGCGCAUCGUCUUUGGAGCGACUCUCGGCCACGGAUUGGGAAGAUGCUCUACGUGAAAUUUCUCAGGCAACCGGCGCGCCUUACGCGUCCGAGGGCCAAGAGUCUCCAAGCGAAGAGGUGGAGGCGGAGGAUGAGCUUCGAGAGCGUCCGCGACCGGCUCCUGGAGAAGCAGUCAUGGUAAUGCCGGUUCCUGUGCCGGCCCAAUCCUAUGGUGACAGAGCCGGGGAAGAUGCAAAACUGGACACCGUCCCAGAAGUCCCUGAGACUCAGGCUGCGCCAGAGGGCGCACCGACUCAGGAGAGUCAAGCGUCUGCUUUGGGUGCGCAGCUGAGCGCCCCAAGUGGAAGCUCCUUUGUCCCUCUGCGGCUGGGAGACCGGACCAUUAAUGUCUUAACAGCCGCCACAGAGUCACAGCAUCCACUAAAGCAACUUGCUUGCGACGUGGCAGAAGACAUGAAGAAUGGCAACUGGUUUGAAGCCCCUAAUGGCUCGUGGGCUGGACAUUGGCCUACGCCCUCUGAGGACGUGCGUGCAGUUUUAGAAAGGCGAGGCCACUUGAUGAACCUAGAUGCCACCGAGUUUGAGGUCUUCCUGGCAAACGUUGGAAAGGAGCUGAACUGGUCCAAAAUGAGUGAGGAGGAAAGGCAGCUCUAUCAAGCGGCAGCUCUUGAACAGUGGGAGAAAUGGGUCGAGAACUGUGCCCUCGAACCGCUGACCAUGGAACAAUCCAAUACAAUCCGCGCGGAAAUCAAGGCGGGAGCAAAGCACAACCUGCUCACUCCUCGGUUUGUCCUGACAGACAAAAACGCCCCGUUGAGAACACCGGGCAGCGAUUUACCUGUUAAGGCAAACGCCCGUCUUGUUGUGCCUGGAUUCAGAGACAGGGCACUGUUAGAAGGUCAACUUAGAACAGAUGCGCCAACGGCCAGCAGAUUGGCGCUGCAUCUCUUGCUGACCAUUAGUGCCUCGAAACCGAAUUGGCCCAUGAUGAGUGGAGAUGUUCGGGCCGCCUUUUUGAAAGGCGACCCUUAUGUCACAAGGCUACUGUUUAUGGAUCAGCCUAACAGGAAGCGUGGCCCGACGCUACCCGUAAGGCCUGGGAUCCUGUUUAAAGUUCGAAAGGGGGUGUUCGGACUGGCGGACGCCCCAAGGGCUUGGUACGAAAGGCUUCUGCGUACCUUACGUGCUCGCGGAUGGACACCUUCUAGUAUAGACGGUGGGCUCUUCUUCAAGUGGAGUCCAGAGGGCGUCUUAGAAGGAGUCAUGCUGACGCACGUGGACGACAUCCUUGUGACUGGGAAUUCCGAGGCGGUCAAGAGCUUCCAUGAGAUUGGAGCCGAGCUGGGAUUCGGCUCCAUUUCAAAGGACAAGUUCACCUUUUGCGGAAAGAACCUGGAAAAGCACGCCAACGGCGAAGUGACGGUGAACAUGGUUGAAUACCAUCGUAACCUCCACAUCCCAGUUGUGCCUCGUGAAGCCCGUAAGGACUUGUCAAGAGCUUUGAACCCUAAGGAGUUGCGCGAGCUUCGAGCUUUGAAUGGCUCUCUACAAUGGCUAGUCGCCCAGCUAAGAUUCGACGUUGCUUUUCGCCUUUGCGAAGUUCAGGUGGCGAAGCCGACGGUGGCUACCUUGCUCAAGGCUUGCAACCUCGCAAGGGACCUCAAGGGUGACUCCGACUUUGUCCUGACGUUCCGCAACACAAACUGGCAAGAAGGUGGGCUGGUUGCUGUGUCAGACGCCGCGCUGGGAAAUGUCAACUCCGACGGCAGUGGAGAGGACCCGAAAACUUUCUCUCAAAGUUGUUACGCUGUGCUCAUUGGAGGGCCAAAACUAGUUGAAGGAAAAAGAGAUUCCUUUAACUUGUUAGAUUUCCGGUCGCAUAAGCUCCAGCGUGUGUGUCGCUCCUCCUACGGGGCAGAGACGCUGGGCGUUGAAGAGGCUUUGGAUGCCGCAGAGCUGGUGAGAUGUCUGGUCGCCGAGGCACGUGGCACCGACAUCUUGAAACCAGGAGGGCAAUUCGCCGUAUGUACGGUGCCUCUUACAGUCGUGACUGAUGCAAAAGACACCUACGACAGGGUGUCUAAAGACACUGGGUUUGGUGCCCAAAAGUCCUUGGUGCUGACCCUAGCCCUUCUUCGACAGCUUCUUCGGAGACCGCGGACGUGUAUCCGUUGGACUGACACGGCCAACAUGUUCGUUGAUGCCGGUACAAAGGCAAUGGAUUGCGGUCACUUAAAGCGGGUGAUCUGCAAUGGUUCGUGGUCAAUCGAGUACAACACAGAGUUUGUAAGGCAGAAGGUGAAGUCCCGAAAGGCUUCCACACCACCUCCAGUUCCUGAAGACGAGGAACUCCCGGGAGAAGGACUGACUGACGCGAACCGUGAGCUUAGACAGUUCUUAGAGAACUUCGGCUCAAAGCCUGGCUGGCACUUGGUAGGGCCCUUGAGCUCUUUGGCAGCUGGUGCUAAAGAAGCUGGUGCAGAUUAA